CAAUACUCGGGUGUACAGUGUUUUAUACGACCGAUCUGGUAAAAAUGUGGAGACGAAGUGAGGAACCUUCCGCGCGCGCCCUCUCUCUCCCCCUUAACUGCUCUGACCAACCCCCACCUUGUUCCAGCUACCCUGUUCCCUCUUCGUCUCUUCUUGACGCCUUCAAGCUCCUACUCUCCGAGCAAACCUCUCCCUCUGCCCCUCCGCAGCAGAGCACGAAUAGAAUAGCACAGUCGGCGACCAGAGGACCAGCCACUGUCGGCAAUGGCGGAGCCCAAGGCGUCAAAGAGCAGGUCCAAGUCCAAGUCCAAGAGCAGCCACGACGGGGCGGCGUCGAACAAGUCCAAGGCCGCGCCCGCGCCGGCGCCGGGAACCCUGGACGCGCACUUCACGCCGUGCGCGGACGUCAAGGGCCUCCGCUUCGGCGCGCAGCUCGUGACGCGGGCGCUCACCGUGCGCCGCGCAUCGCCGCUGGAGCUCCCGCACCUCCUCCGCGCCUCCCCCUCCCCCGCCGCCGCCCCCGCCGCGGCGGACCCGCUGUCGUUCGCGCCCACGACGACGGCCUACAUCCCGACCAGCUUCGCCAUCCUGGCGCACCACGCGUGGCACACCCUGACCCUGGGCCUGGGCACCAGGAACUCCAAGGCCGCCGUGUUCGUGUUCGAGUCCGCCGCCAUGAAGGCCGCGGCGGACGCCGCGUGGCCGGGCGUGGUCCCGCUCGGCGACGUCGGGCGCCGCCUCCUCCGCGCCGCGCCGGGGGCGCCCGAGAUGGCGCGCUUCAAGUUCCGCAAGGGCUGCCUCACCUUCUACGUGUACGCCGUCCGCGCCGCCGGCGCGCGCGGGUUCGCGCGCGCCGACGAGCUCCGCGCCGUCGUCGAGGCCGUCGCCCGCCUCAAGGACUUCCUCGACCACACCGCCAUGCUCGCGCUGCCGGGACAGAGGAGCAUCGACGUCGCCGCCGCCGCCGCGCAGGUGGGCGUCGUGCAUUGACGGCUUGUGACGAACUGUGAAUAAUUUCUUUGUGUUUUUUCCUCGUGGUUGUGUGCGUUGGUUUUCUGAAUGCGGCAGUUUCGUUUUGGAUUGAGAUCCGUGUUUGUUGUGCGAU